GUCAGUUGAAGAAGACAGAGAAAGAAUAGAUGUUUUUUUGACGAAAAUCGAAGUGCAUGCAAUUUUAAAUAAAAAUACUGAGGGCUCUGGUUUCAAAAAUUCACUCACUAAAGUUUGUGCUAAAUAAAACAAGAUGUUUCGAUACGUACUCACAAUCCUCUUAAUAAAUUCAUGCUAUCGCAGCUUAGGUCUUCCUGUGCCUUCCUCACCGAAGCCAGUUUCGGCAUUAUUGAAAGAACUUUCAGAUCGUUGUGAAAAUCAGUUUUUGAAUAAGCAAAUUAAGUCGGCCAUAGAUCAGUGUCCGCAAGACCCGCGGAAAGAAUUUAAAUGUUUGCUGUUUUAUGAUAUGGCCAACCGCUUGUGCUUGGCCACUAAUACGUCACAAAUUACUUUAAAGGAAGAUUACGUAGCCGAAAUUAAUAAGGAACAAACCUUGGACAAUGUGUGUUCAGAAGCGAAAAACUGGGUCUUAUCAAAAUUUACUGACUAUAAACUUUACUCAAGUAAAAUUCUACAAGUUGGAUGCUCUGAUGUUUGUGGUGUCGACGUUUGGACUAAUUUAGAUGUUAACUUUUAUUGUAAAUUUUACAAAUGGGGUGACGAAUUAUUGAAAACUCAACCACAUGUUGUGGCCAAUCCAGGCCAUGAGAGCAUAAUUAAGACCAUAUCUGAGCCAAAACAAAAUGACUCACUUGAUAUCAUUGUCAGUGCAGGAACUAAUGAAAAACCUAAAGACAAAGCUAUUCAGUCACCAGAAGGUUCAUCCAGUCCAAUUAAUGCUAGUUCAAAAUUACCACCACUGAAUGAGCAAGAAACCCUUAAGCAAGCUAAGUCAAAUAAAGACCAGGAACUAAAAAGUGAUGUACUACCUGAACUAAAACCCAAUGUGCCUCAGAAUGUAAUACCAAAUGCAUCAUCUGAUAAACAACCUCAAGUUGUCAAACAGGUUCCAUUUAUUGCUCCAGUUGCUGAGAAAAUCGAGAAACAUGAAGAACCAAAAUCAAACAGUGUAAUUGAAAAUCCAAAUAUCAACCCCCAAGAAGAUAUUGAUGACUACCCAGGAAAUGAUGAUUCUGAGAUUCCCAAAAAUGAUCCUGAUGCUGCUGAUGAAGACAACGUGGAGGAUCCAGGUUUUGAGGAUGAUAAACAACAAAAGGAGAAAAAGGAUGAUAAGAUUAAUGCAAAGGUAGUGCCGGUUAUAUCAAAUCCUAAUGAUCCUCCGCAAAAAGCAUCUAAAGAAGAAAAUGAACAAUUUGAAGAGAAUAAACAGGACAAUAUUAAAGUUGAACCAGCAAUGCCAUCAUUUAGAGAAGUAAAACAUACAGAGUUCUACCCGAGCACUAUCCAAGAUGGAUAUCCGGAUGACGAUCACUUCUUCACGUUUUUCCUGACCGCUGUUAUUUUGGUUGUAGUCAUUUACGUAUUGUAUUACAACAAGAGCAGAGUUGGAAAAUUGGUUCUCGGUCUGAUCGUCGAAGGACGUCAAGGCAGAAGGAGAAACAGCAGAGGUCAUGCUUAUCGUCGCUUAGAUACAUUAGAGCAAGCUAUGAGUUCCAAUACUACAGCGCCACCGAGCAAAAUAAUAUACUAAACCAUAUAGUGAAAAUAGCUCGUUUCUUAACAAGAUUUCAUUUUAUUCACAUCAAGUAAAACAUUUUUAACAAUACAAUAAAAGUCUGCUUUAAAUCUGCAAAAUUUGAACACAACAUUCUUAACAUUUUAUAACGUGUCUUUGUUUCCGUAUUCGAGCCAACUAUGCUCAACUUAAAGCUGCUAGAAAGUUUACGAAUAUAAAAUAAUAUCCUGAAAAUACGAUUUCAAAUAAAUAAAAAUUAUUGGAAAAUAAUAAUUUUGAAAAUAAUAUACGGUAUUAAUA